GACGUGCUGUUAAAACUGCCCUUCCAGCCCGCGGUCAGCGGGACCCUGUGCCUUACCGGGCACCACCUCCUGUUCUCGGACAGAGCGGAGCAGCGCAGCGGGCAGCUCCUGCUGCUCCUCAGGAACAUCGAUGCGGUGGAGAAGAGAGUCGAGUCUGUCGUCUGUUGUUCUGUCUAGGCCUAAAUGUCCUGCAUCUCAUACUGCACAUCAUUUUCCACUCAAGGAUAAAGGCCAAAACAAUGGCUUUGUGUCACUCUUCCUGCUUUUAUAUGGAAAGAGAAAGAGCGCUGGACCAACCGGGUCACAACUUGCCCUGUAUGUGGAGGAAACUAGACCCCUGAUGGUGCUGAUAAGCCUGUUCUUCUUCAUGUUGGCUGUCUGUGGCUUUCCUGCUUCCUCAUACUUCAUUUCAGUGUUUUGUCUGAGAACAACUGGCUCAUCAGGUACCAUCAUCAUCAAAUGUAAGGACCUGCGCAUUCUCCAGCUUGACAUUCCUGGAAUGGAAGAGUGUCUGAACAUUGCCAGCUCUAUAGAGGCUCUUUCUUCUCUAGAGAGUGUGGCAGUGAUGUACCCAUUCUUCCAUCGGCCACGUGAGCUCAGUCUGAAGGACCCCCGGGGUCUCUCCUCCCCAGAGCAGGACUACACACAAACAGAGAGACUGUGGGACAGAUGGAGGCUGAGCAAAGUGAACUCAGAUUUCUCUGUGUGUCCGUCAUAUCCGGAUACCCUGAUAGUACCAUCUUCUAUAGAUGACGACACCCUCAUUAAGGCGGCAAGAUUCCGGCAGGGGGGAAGAUUUCCUGUCCUCUGCUACUGUCAUCACAGAAACAGCAUGGUGAUCAUGCGCAGCAGCCAGCCCUUGACCGGGGCCAAUAGGAAAAGAUGUAGGGAGGACGAGCUCCUCCUCCAAGCUGUGAUUGAUGAAUCAGAGAUGGGUUACGUUGUCGACACACGAUCUGCCCAGCAAGCUCAGCAGGCCAGGAUGACGGGAGGCGGGUUCGAGUCUAAAUCCUGCUACCAGAACUGGAAGAGGCUACACAGACACAUGGAGAGGGGUAAGGUACUGCAGGAGAGUUUGAUCAAGCUGGUGGAAGCGUGUGGUGACCCCUCCCACAAUAUGGACCGCUGGCUGAGCAAGCUGGAGAACUCCAAGUGGCUGACUCACGUUCACAGCGCUCUGUCCACAGCAGGUCUGGUUGCAGAGUGUGUGGAGAGGGACAGUCACUCUGUGCUGGUGCACGGCUCUGAGGGCACAGACACCACAUUGCUGGUGACCACUGUGGCUCAGCUCAUACUCGACCCCGCCUCCAGAACAUUCAGAGGCUUUCUUGAGCUGCUGGAGAAAGAGUGGGUACAGGCAGGUCACCCCUUCCAGCUGCGCUGUGCCCGCUCAGCAUACUCCCACGCCCGCCUGAGACAGGAGUGCCCGUCCUUCCUGCUGCUGCUGGACUGCGUGUGGCAGCUGUGGAGGCAGUUCCCGCUGGCGCUGGAGUUCAGCGAGGCUCUGCUGCUGAGGCUGGCUCAGGAAGCCUACGCCUCCGACUACGGCACCUUCCUCUGCAACAACGAGCAGGAGCGGGGUUCUUUUGGGGUGAGGGAAAACACCCACUGUUUGUUCCAGUUCCUGUUGAACUGUGCAGAGAGAGAACAGUACAUUAACCCACUGUACGAACCCACAGACCUGGCAAUCUGGCCUUCAGUGCAGCCCCAGUCCCUUCAGCUCUGGACUGGCCUUUUCCUCAGGUGGACCGAGCAUGCUGAGAAUAUGAACGAGGCUCGAGAAGAAAUCUGGACCAUUGUUAAAGAGCACACAGAGAGAACUGGGCCUGUGGAGACCACACACACUCCUCUUAAACAUUGUGACACCUUCUCUGCCAUGGAGAACCUCACGGAUGAGUUGACUAUACUCUGACUUCAAGCCUCAAAUGCAAGUCUGCGCUGCUGGAUGUUACAAAGAGGUUGACGGCCUGUUUAAUCUCGUGUCAAAUCACUGGAUUCCACACACUGGACUCUUCACACUGUGGUCACUUUCUGACUCAAGAUAACACCUCAUAGAUUUGAGAUUCAGAACUACAUAAAAAAAUCACCAGUGUUUGGCUUCAUUUCAACACCUACAGUGUUUAUAUUUAUAUAAAUAAAUAUUUUAAAUAUUUAAA